AUGUCAGAACACGAGCCAUUGGACCGUGACUUGAAACAGUGGCUAGCGAACUGUAACUGUCAGCUGUACUACGCACGGUUUGUUGAGAAUGGCGUGACUCUAAGUCUAGUACUGGAGCUCGACACAGCCGCGCUCAAAGAACUUGGGGUGACGAAGCUUGGUGACAGACUCAGACUUGAGCUUGCCAUUGGCAAGUUGAAGGCAGAAGCCGCAAGCAGCUCGGUAAUUACUAACGAAGAACUUCAAAGACUUAUCCGAUUGCAUUUGAAUGGAGACCACGGCUAUGGAGAUGGCUUAGACCAUGGACAUCCUUCGAGUGCAGUUGAUAAUGGGUUUGGAGGACCGUUGACAGUGGGUGAUAGUGGUGGAUCUACUCCAAGUGGAGCUACCGUUGGUGGCGGUUCUUCGUCGGCAGGAACUUCCGGUCCUUCGUCGGCUUCCACAAUCCAUUAUCAAGGGGGUGGAAUAUCCACUCACAAUAAUGAUUCCUCAACAUUGAUAGUCGGGGGGAACCCCUUUUAUGGACAUCAGAACAGCUCCAAUGGUAGUGCCGCUGCGGGUAUUGCUGGUAACAAUUCCGCUUCGACAACCACAAACUCAGCCCCAUCAUCAGGCGGAGUUCCCACCGAUUCUAAUAAGAAUGUGACUUUUAUUUUCCAAGAUGGUCUGUCUAAAAAGGUGAAUAUCACUGGAUGUUUCAAUGCACAAUCCAUAAAGAGGAAAGUUCUCAAGAAAUUGGGUAUUAAGCAAACUCAAGACACAUACUACGAUGCCUAUGUACACUCAUUCAAUACCAAUAAUUACGAUAGUAACCACAUUGUGGCUACUCCUGUUGAUCCCACCAUCUCAAAGCUUUUCGACGUUGAACUCGUAACCAUCUGCUACUCCCCGGACCGCUUAGAGAAGUAUAGAAUCAUGUUAUGUCCCAAUGGGACAACUCCAACCGAAAUGGCAUUGGAAACAUCCAAAAAGAUUAUUCAAAGAUAUGAAAAAUUUGCCGCCAAGAAUAGUAGUUCUGGAAAUGGGAGUUUGGGACCUUCAACACGUCUUCGGAACCCAGAUGCCCUUCUAAGCCAGUUCCAUAUGCCAGAUCAGAGAACGGGAAGAACUCCCCCACCUCCUCUGACUCUUCGAAAUUUCUUUGGUCAAAGACCACCCAGUGAAUUAAUUUCUUCAAAUUUGGCAGAAUAUUUCCCGGAAGCCAAGCAGAAGGAAUUGGAAGCUACAGUAAGGAACUCUGUACGAUAUAGUGUACGGCUUUCCCGACGCUUUAAUGUCCCUUCCAAUCUUUCAAGCAGUAGUAACUCAUCUAUUCAUAGAAGGUCUAUACUUAGUAUUAACAACAAGGCGCCUUCCUUAGCAUCCUUGGAACAUAAUUCUGCAGCAGUGAAAAGAUUCCCAACUGGGAGAACUAUUGGGGAAAUGAUGGUGAAUAAUAUCACUGCAAUCGACACAGCAGUCAAUAAUGACAUUUCAUCAUUUCUGUCUGGUGGUCACACUCCAGCCACCACUGCAUCCGCAACAAUGGGACCCAUUGGGAAACCACCAUCUAUUUAUUCUAACAUGAGCGGCGGAGCCAAUAAUGAUACCAGGUCGAUUAUAUCCGGAAUGUCCAAAUUUGGAAGUCCAAGUCAAAGAUUAUCAAUUCCAGCGAAUUUUGCAGACCUGUCUAGUUCUGGAAAUAACAGAUAUUCUCGGAUUGAACUUCUUAGUGUUGAUUCGGAAGAAGAUGAUGAGAAUGAUGAGAUCUUUAACAGUUACUGGGAGAUGGAUGGAGCUGUUGUUGGGGGACAAAUGUCCGGCCUUGGUGGGGAUUAUACGUCACACCUUGGUCUUGGGCUGAUCAUUGAAGGUGGUCCCAAAAAUUGGCUUCAAGGUGCACGUAUUGGUGCUGGUAGUUUUGGUACUGUAUACCUUGGGAUGAACCCACUUACCGGGGAAUUAAUGGCCGUGAAGCAAGUUAGUCUUCCUGAUGAACGAAGUGCAAAUAAUCAACUGCAAAAAUCCAUGAUAGAAGCAUUACAACAUGAGAUGCUGCUUUUGAAAGAGCUUAACCAUGAAAAUAUUGUGAGAUAUCUUGGAUCUUCUACGGAGGAGAAGUUUCUUAACAUUUUCUUGGAAUACGUUCCUGGUGGGUCUGUUCUGUCAAUGCUUUCAUCAUAUGGACCAUUCGAAGAACCAUUGAUUCGUAAUUUCAUUCGACAAGUAUUGAUUGGAUUGAGCUAUUUACACGGCGAAGAUAUCAUUCAUAGAGAUAUUAAAGGGGCAAACAUUCUUAUUGAUAUUAAGGGAACAGUGAAAAUUAGUGAUUUUGGAAUCUCGAAGAAAGUUAGUGGUGGUGAUGAUGGGAUCGAAGGUCCUGAGAAGAGUGGCAGAAGAGCUUCACUUCAAGGGUCUGUCUAUUGGAUGGCCCCCGAAGUCGUCAAACAAACGGCAUAUACGAAAAAGGCAGACAUUUGGUCCGUGGGGUGCCUUAUUGUUGAAAUGUUUACAGGUAAACAUCCAUUCCCCGACUUUAGUCAAAUGCAAGCCAUAUUCAAAAUCGGUACUCAUAUUACGCCUCAGAUUCCGGAAUGGUGUACUCGUGAAGCCAAGGACUUUUUAAUCAAAACUUUUGAAUUAGAUUACGAAAAGCGGCCUGAUGCAGUUGACAUGUUGGGUGAGGCAUUCCUCAACACCUUGAUCCUAUCCAAAAAGUAA